GUGUGGUGAAGAUAUAAAAGCCAGGCAGGUUGGGUUAUCUUUGUACAGGUCUGCCCUGAUCAGCUGUAUAAACAACGUGAUAGAACAUUAUUCGUGGGACUGUCCUAACAUCGGUUAGACGCAGAUACAAUCUCUGACAGCUCUGAAACGCCACAGAAGACAUUGAAGAUGGACCUCAAGGUGUUUAAUGAUCCCAUCCACGGGACGGUGGAGUUACACCCACUUCUCAUCAAAAUCAUCGACACACCUCAGUUCCAGAGACUGAGAAACAUCAAGCAGCUUGGAGGGGCCUACUUUGUUUACCCUGGAGCAUCCCACAACCGCUUUGAACACUCCAUUGGGGUGGGGCACUUGGCAGGUCAACUUGUUGAAGCUCUGCGUACAAGGCAGCCGGAACUCGACAUCAAUGACAGAGACGUCCUUUGUGUGAAGAUUGCUGGUCUCUGCCAUGACCUGGGACAUGGACCCUUUUCCCAUCUGUAUGAUCAAAUGUUCAUAAACAGAGCAAAACGUCCAGACGGUGGUAAGAAGCAUGAAGAAGCCUCUGUAGAGAUGUUUGACCAUCUGGUGGAAUCUAAUAAUCUGGAGCUGGAGCUGGAGGACCAUGGUCUGAUUCUGCCCGAUGACAUGGAUUUCAUCAAAAAGUUGAUUGGAGGACUGAAGGACCCUAAAGCAGUCCAGGUCAGUCCUUGGCCAUAUUGUGGUCGGCCAAAGGAAAAAUCCUUCCUCUUUGAAAUCGUGGCCAACAAAACCAACGGCAUUGAUGUGAACAAGUUUGACUACUUUGCCAGGGACUGCUACCACCUGGGCAUGCAGAACAACUUUGACCAUCUCCGCUUCAUACAGUUUGCCAGAGUGAUUAAAGUGAAAAAAGACGAGCUGAAUCACAUCUGCUGUAGAGACAAGGAGGUGGGCAAUCUGUAUGACAUGUUCUACACCAGGAACUGUCUCCACAGAAGAGCCUACCAGCACAAAGUGAACAAGAUCAUAGAGUAUAUGAUUGCAGAGGCCUUUUUAAAAGCAGACAACCAUAUCAAGAUUGAAGGCUCAGGAGGGAAGGAGUUCACUCUCUCUACAGCCAUAGGUGACAAGGAGGCCUACACCAAGCUGACAGAUCAUGUGUUUGAACAAAUACUCAACUCUCCCUCUGUGGAGCUGGCUGAGGCAAAGAAGAUUCUAGAAAGGAUCAUCUCUCGAGACCACUACAGGUUUCUGGGUGAAACCAAGCCUAGACAAGUCCUGACCAGGGCGAUGUAUCGUCAAUGGGAAGAGGAAUUAGCUGCAGCCGUCCCUGAUGGAGGUGAUGAGGGUGUCAUGCUGAUACCAGAGGACUUUGUAGUUUUAGUGAGUUUUUAGUCUAAUU